AUGGAUAAUUUUAAUUCAUCCUCAUUUCUUUCUAAUCAAUCAACAAAUAUUCCAAUAGUACCAAGAACAAAUAGUUCUAUUUCUUCUCAAACACCACUAUCACCACCACCACCACCACCAUCAAAUGGUAAUCGAACUUCAUUAACAAAUACAAUUCAUUCACGUAGUAGUGUUCCUGGGAAACAUUGUUGGGUUUGCUUUGCAACAGAUGAAGAUGAUUUUUCAGCUUGUUGGGUAUCACCAUGCCGUUGUCGUGGUACAGCUAAAUGGGUUCAUCAAGAAUGUCUUCAAAGAUGGGUUGACGAAAAACAACAAGGAUCAACUGGAGGUUCAUUAUUCUUUUGUUUUGUUUUUGAAAAUUUUCCUUUUCUUUUAUUCUAUUCAGUUAAAGUUGCAUGUCCACAGUGCAAUACAGAAUACAUUAUUGUAUAUCCAAAACAAGGUCCAUUAGUUUAUACGCUUGAUUUAAUUGAACGUAUUUUAAAUCGUUUUUGUCCAUUUCUUGCCGGUGGUAUUCUUGUUGGAAGUGUCUAUUGGACAGCAGUUACAUAUGGUGCAGUUACAAUCAUGCAGAUUCUUGGACAUAAAGAAGGUUUAAGUGUAAUGGAAAAAGCUGAUCCACUUUUUCUUCUUAUUGGUUUACCAACAAUACCUAUUGUUUUAAUUCUUGGACGAAUGAUACGUUGGGAAGAAGCUGUGUUAAAAUUUUGGCGUAAACAUUCAUCAAAAUUGCCUUUAAUGAAUUAUUUAUUUCCAAAUGAGCAUACAUCAUAUUUACCUCGUGUUCCAACUGAACGUAAUGGAAAUUCUAAUCCAGCAUCAUUAACAAGACUUAUUUGUGGUGGUCUUAUAUUACCAACAAUCGCUACAAUAUUUGGAAAAUUUAUGUUUCAACGUGUUCAUUCAAAUUUUCAACGAACACUUUUAGGUGGUAUUGCAUUUAUUGUUUUGAAAGGUACAGCAAAAAUUUAUUAUAAACAAAGUCAAUAUAUUCGUGAAGCACAUCGAGAAAUUCUUAAUUAUGAAUCAACAACAACAACUAGUUCAUCACAUUAUCAACAUCAUCUUCCUCCACCACCACCACCACCACCUCAACCCCCAGUAACAACAGUUGAAGUUCAUCAAAAUGAAAAUUCAAAUGAAAUAUUUGUCAUUCCAUCAUCAUCAACUACAAAUGGUCAAUCACCAUUAAACUUUUAA